UCCAAACCCUAAUUUCAUCAUCACCACCGCAAUUCGAUCCAGUCUACUCAAAACCCAAAUUCCAACACCACCGGAUGAAGAAGAAGAAGCAAAUUCCCGCCGGCGGGCUCGACAGCGACCUCGCCUCGACGAUUCAUUCUCAGAGUGAGUUCUUCGAUCAUUUAAUCGAGCUUAUUCCGUCCAGAUUCUACAUAUCCGCCGACGACGAUUCGAAGCCAUGGUACCAGGGGCUAUCCAAGGCGGCGAAGGCCUCGCUGAGGCUCAAGACGAAGGAGAAUCUCAAGCUCGCGCGGCGCAACCGCUUUGACCCCGACGCGGAGCCCUCCUCAGCCGUUAAACACCUCCAGCAGCGGGAGGACGGCGAUUCUCCGUCUAAGGAGAUCGAUUUGGGAGAUAGCGAGAAGAAAUCGGUUACUUAUGAAGAGCUGAGAGAAAAGCUGCGGCGGAAAAUCGAAGCGCUGAAAGGAAACCGCGGAGAGAAGAGAUUCGAUGAGAGGAAGAUGAGGAACGAGUGGAAUAAGAGGAGCAGAGACGGGGAGGGGAGAGAAAAUGUUGGUGCGGAUAAUGAUGAUGAUGGUGAUGAUGAUGGAGAGGAGAUUAUUGAGUAUGGGAAGGUGAAAUUGGGGGAUGAAGGCGAGGGAAGGAAUUCGAACAAGAAGAGGAAGUUAUCGAAGGCGCAGGAGCUGGAGAGGGCGAAGAAGAAGAAGGAGGUGAUGAGGGAGAAUCCGAGCCUUGCGGAGAAGGAGACGUGGAAGGCUGCGGUGAGCAGGGCGAUGGGGGUGAAGGUGCACGAUGAUGCCAAGCUAAUCAAGGGGAGCAUGAAGAGGGAGAAGAAGAGGAAGGAGAAGAAUGCGGAGAAGUGGAAGGAGAGGGUGGGGACUGUGGAGAAGAUGAAGGGGGAGAGGCAGAAGAAGAGGAGAGACAAUAUUGUGGGGAGGAUCAAUGAUAAGAAGGCGAGGAAGAUUGCCAAGAGGGAGAAGAAGUUGAUGAGACCCGGCUUCGAGGGCAGGAAGGAGGGAUUCAUUACUAAGGAGUGAGAUUUGUUGACUGUUUUUUAUCUUUGGAACUCUGUCUUUUGAUUUGAAGUAUCCAUAGUGUUGGUUUUGAGUUUUGCAUCCAUGGCUAUGAUAUUUCACAUUUUAAUAUGAAUGCAUCGAUUGGUUGAGAAUCGA